GAAAGCUGUUAACAACGAUUUUCAGGAGAUCAUGGGAUGCUCUUACGCAAAGACGCUCGAAUUUGAACAAAAACCAAAACGAUGCCGAUUGAGGGCGCUGUUUGGACGGUAUCAUAGACGGACCAAGGUUAAAACAAUUCAUAUCGGGGACCCCGUAGGAAUUCCUGUCAACGAAGGCAUGCCCAUGCUUAAUCUUGCACGCAAGACAGAGCAAACGGUUCUUAUGCAGCUUCGGGAGGAGGGGAUAAUCCCAAAUAAGGGAUUAGGAGGCGUGUCCUUCACUAUAGACUUGAAAGAGGAAAUAGCAGACCUGUCAAUCUCUGAUGAUGAGUUUUAUCAAUUACCUGGGGAACCGCAAUGUGCACGUGAUACUACAAAAGCAGUUCCAUCAAGACCGCGUAAAUGACCUCCCCUUACCACCAGAAGUGUUCCGGAUACGAUGCCUCUCGCCCAACGUGAGUCCGACGUGGAAAUAGUGAAGAAUGAGGUUUUACGGAGAAAGGGAAAAAUGACCCGUAUAUCAGAACAUAGACGGGAAUUAGCUGCAGCUAAAAGAGAGGCAAGAGAAAAAGAAAAGCGAGUCCGACUCGAAGAGAAGCUGAUGAAAAUAGCACGACAAAAAGAUGGCGAAAUCGAAAAGGACACGGUCAACGACCGCUUACAGAGAGCAAAGGUCAUUCGAAAAUUAAAUGCAGAAGAAAUCAGAAGAAGAACCGAGGCGAAUCAAGCCAGGGUUUCGAGGACAGAAAAUGCAAACAAGAUAUCAACGGAGGAGAGAAUGGAACGAGCUCGACAGAAGAGAGAGAAAAGAUUAACAGAACGGAGGGAGAAAUGGGAAAAGAAGGAAAGUAGAAUUGAAGAAAUGAAAAGGAGACGCCGAGUCAAUACACCAAAACCAUCCCUACCUAACAUUGAAAUUUAGACAUGAGGAUUGGGAUGAUGAUGAUGAUGAUGAUGAUGGUGAUGGUUUAGUUAAUUUCAUGAUGAUAUGUUUGAUGAUGAUGCUUAAGUUGGUGAUAGUUGUGGUUAUGAUGAUUUAGAUGAUGAUGAUGAUUUAGUUAUUGAUCAUGAUUAGGUUGAUGAUGGUGAUGCUUAUGAUGAUUUAGUUGAUGAAAAAUAUUUUGUAACACAUAAAUGAAUCACUUCUUUUUCUAUAUGCUCUUUUGUCAUUUUAAAUUGAUAUAAAGAAUCAUUUA